GAAAGAAAAAAAAAACAAAGAAUGUAAAACCCUAACCGCUACCUAUUCCCAAGUCCAAAAACCCUUCUUCUUUCUCCCCUCUUUGUGUCAGCAAACUUCCAUUGCCACCAAUGCCUCAACCCAGCGCAACGCGGUUCCUCCUCCUCCUGUCCCGCCGCACCCCAACCCGGAACCGUCCUCCUCCUCCCUACCACCAGCGCCACCACCUCCGAACCAUCUUUGAUGGCACAUUCAAGCCCGUCCGCGACCGCGGCCUGGAUCACGCGGUGGAGCGCGAGAAAAGCCUCAAACCCUUGAUCUCCCUCAAAACCCUCAUCAAACGCGAACCCUCCAAAUCCCUCCCUCUUUCACUCAUCAAAAGCACCCUCCACUUUCCCUUCCGCCCCAUCGAAUUCAUCCGCAAGUACCCCUCUGUCUUCGAAGAGUUCCUCCCCACUCCCACCAUCCUCCAACCCCACAUCCGCCUCACACCGGAAACCCUACACCUCGACGCCGAGGAGCAGCUCGUAUACCAAUCACACCAGUUCAAACACCAAUCAGCUGACAGGCUCUUGAAACUCUUGAUGAUUGCAAGAAUCCACAAAAUCCCACUGCCACUCAUUGAGCACUUGCGGUGGGACCUUGGCCUACCGGAUGACUACACCGAGACGGUUGUACCAGAGUUUCCGGACUACUUUCGAGUUGCAGACGGGUUCCUUGAACUCGUCUGCUGGAGCCACGAGCUGGCGGUUUCGGUUAUCCAGAACCGAAACAAGAAAGAUGAAUUUGAUGGUCAAUUGGUGUUUCCUGUGCAGUUUUCUACUGGUUUUGAGAUGGAUAAGAAGUAUGAGAAGUGGUUGAGGGAGUGGCAGAGGUUGCCUUAUGUCUCUCCUUAUGAGAAUGUGUCUCAUUUGUCACCUACCAGUGAUGAGUCUGAUAGGUGGGUUGUGGGUGUGUUACAUGAAAUUCUUCAUGCUUUUGUUGGGAAGAGAAUUGAGAAGGAUAGUUUGUUGGAGUUUGGGGAGUGGUUGGGGUUGAGGUCGAGGUUUAAGAGGGCGUUGUCGCAGCAUCCGGGGAUUUUCUAUGUGUCUAGUAAAGUUGGGACCUAUACUGUUGUAUUGAGAGAGGGAUACAAGAGGGGUGCACUGAUUGAGGAUCAUCCGGUGAUGAAUUUGAGGAAUCAGUAUGUUCAUCUGAUGAAUAGUGUCAGUGAAGAGGGGAAAGUGGGUAAGGUGGUGCAAGGAAAGGGUGGUGCGCAUGAGGCAGAGGCUAAAGCCGUUGAAGCGGGUGAAAGAGAGGGAGAGGGAGAGGGAGAGGGUGAGAGUGAUGGGGAGAGUGUGGGGCAGCAUGAAGAAGAGGCAUGUGAAAUUGAGGAUGCCAGUGAAACCGAUGUUGAUGAUGAUGAUGAUGAUGAAAGGAGGUUUUGGAGAGGUAAUCAGAAAAUUGCUCCUGGUAGAAGGAACAGGGACUUCGGGAAAGUGAAGUUAGAUGUUGGCAAGCCUUUUAGGGAUUCUGGGAGGGAAAGAUUGCAUCUUAGAGAUUCUGGGAGGGAACGAUCUCCUUUGAGAGAUUCUGGGAAUGAAAGAUCACGUUUGAGAGAUUCUGGGAGGGAAAGAUCACGUUUGAGAGAUUCUGGGAGGGAAAGAUUGCAUCUUGGAUCUUCUGGGAGGGAACGAUCUCCUUUGAGAGAUUCUGGGAAUGAAAGAUCACGUUUGAGAGAUUCUGGGAGGGAAAGAUUGCAUCUUGGAGAUUCUGGGAGGGAACGAUCUGCUUUGAGAGAUUCUGGGAGUGAAAGAUCACCUUUGAGAGAUUCUGGGAGGGAAAGAUCACGUUUGAGAGAUUCUGGGAGGGAAAGAUCGUCUUUCAGAAAUUCUGGAAGCGAAAGAUCACCUUUCAGAGAUACUCGAAUGGAACGAUCAACUUUCAGAAAUUCUGGAAGGGAAAGGUCGUCUCUGAGCGAUUCUGGAAGGGAAAGGUCACCUCUGAGAGAUUCUGGGAGGGGAAGGUCACCUCUGAGCUAUUCCCGAAGGGAAAAAUUACCUUUGGGAGAUUCUGGGACUGAAAGGUCGCCUUUGAGAGAUUCUCGAAGGGAAAGAUCAACCGGGAAGCAUACACAGAAACCGGGGAGAAGAAUUCGUUAGAAGUUUCUAAAAGUAGACCAGUGCGAGGUGGGCAUGUAAAGAAGUUGAGAACACACAAGGGAAAUCAAGAUCCUCUAAAAGCAGCAGGUCAUUAAUCAUCAAGAAAACCCCCUGUUUUCUGAAGAUUCAAUUUUUGUUUGCGGAAACUUUCACAUAUUCUGGUACCCCACCAUCUGGUAGAGGACGAAGGAGGUUUGGAGGACGGGUAUCAGGUAGUGAAGAAUUUGUGGUCCAGAAGGAGACUUUACGGGGUAUGUUCGGUUUCGCAAGAACACAAUAAAAUGGUGAAACUCAAUGGUAAAUGUAUGGUUUCCCAAGAACACAAUAAAAUGGUGAAACUCAAAAUGGUAAAUGUAAUGAUCGAGGGAAUUGCGGGAAGAUAGAAAGAACACUAAAGUAAAUUGCAAAAGGGUAAAUUACGAAGGAAAGUAAAAAAACUUGUAACAUAAAUCAAAGAAAGUAAUAAACCAAAUUGCAACAAUCUAAUCAUUUUUUCUGUUCAGUGUUUCAAAAUGUCUUGAUUGUUACACAAUUUGUCAUGCUUUCGAUUGAUCGACAUUAUUGAUAUGAACUUCCAAUAGUAACUUUUGUUAUUUAAUUUAACAUUAACUUUUUCACCCACCUUCUUCACUCUACGGAUGUUAUGCUUCUUGGUAGUGAUGUACGUUAGGCUUGUCGCUUCAACUACCAGUGUGCUUUUGUCUUCACAUAGAGUGUUGCUUGCUCCUCUUACCUCAUUUUCACUUGGGCACAUAUUUGUUUGGAGCAUUGUAGAGGAAGUGAAAUUGGAUUGUAGGUAAAGAUUUAUUGUGCAUUUGAGAAAUGGUUUAUCUAAAGAGCCAUCAGAUUCUGAAAUCCGGAAUGGAGAGGUGUCUGAAAUUGCAAGCCCCGAAGUACAUUGCUGGAAUUUUAGGAUGGUCUAAGAAUCAUCUUUCUGGCAUAUUUUCAUGACCAAGAUUGACAGGCGGUCUGGUAAAGAGCUCGAGAAGGAGUCCAAAUUCCUGAAGAACAAAGAGGCUGGUUUUGUGAAGAUGAUUCCCACUAAGCCCAUGGUAGUUGAAACCUCCGAAUAUCCUCCCCUGGUCGUUUUGCUGUGAGAGACAAGUGUCAAAUUGUGGCUGUGGGAGUCAUCAAAAGCGUGGAGAAGAAGGACCUUACUAUAGCUAAGGUCAUCAAGGCUGCACAAAAGAAAGGCAACUAAAUCGUGCAGAUGGUCUAUGAAGAAAUGUCUGUUGUUAUGACUAUGAUGAAUGGUUUCUUGUUGGAGAUGCUGCUAUUCGGGUAGGGAUAUUAGUUUUUCGGAGAUUAUGUACCGAAAUCAUAUCUCCGGUACUCAAUGCUUUCGAAGAACUUGAGUUGAAGUUUGAUGCAGAUGAUGUUGUUGUCAUUCAAAUGGUCCAGUAGGCAAUGUUACCAUUAAGUAGAAAUAGUUGCUAGUUGUCGAGAAUAGCUGAGAAGUUGCCUAGGACACUGGUUAGCAUUAUUCUGUAAUGCUUGACAAUCCUUGCUACUAAAAGAACAAGAUGGAUUAUAUUGUGUACAAUAGUCAUAACUCUUGUGAAUAGUGCAAAUGCAACUUUUGAGUGAUUCUGAAUUUA